GCAACCUCAAACGAUUCGCGGCAUUUUUCUGAAACUAACCGGGGUUAAAAUGGAAGAUUUCGAAAAGAUUGAAAAAAUAGGUGAAGGUACCUAUGGUGUUGUGUAUAAGGGCCGAAACCGUUUAACUGGUCAAAUUGUUGCCAUGAAAAAGAUUAGGUUGGAGUCUGACGAUGAAGGAGUACCAUCUACAGCAAUAAGAGAAAUUUCAUUACUUAAGGAACUUAAGCACCGUAAUAUUGUGUGCUUGGAAGACGUACUAAUGGAAGAAAACCGUAUAUACUUGAUAUUUGAAUUUCUAUCAAUGGACCUUAAAAAGUAUAUGGACUCACUUCCUCCGGAGAAACACCUCAGUAGUCAACUGGUGAAAAGUUAUUUAUAUCAAAUAACGGACGCUAUAUUGUUUUGUCAUCGGCGUCGGGUUCUCCAUCGUGAUUUAAAGCCGCAAAAUCUCUUAAUUGACAGAAAUGGCAUAAUCAAAGUAGCUGAUUUUGGACUCGGUAGAUCUUUCGGUAUACCCGUACGCAUUUACACCCAUGAAAUUGUUACACUUUGGUAUAGAGCUCCAGAGGUACUAUUGGGCUCUCCACGAUACUCAUGUCCCGUUGACAUUUGGUCCAUUGGAUGUAUAUUUGCAGAAAUGGCUACUAGGAAGCCGCUAUUUCAAGGUGAUUCGGAAAUCGACCAGUUAUUUCGAAUGUUCAGGUAA